GACUUCCUUCUCUUCGUCUUCGUCACUUGAUCACCAUUAUCAAAUCCACAGAGAACCAGUGUGCCUUCGAUAACCAAGAAACGCAUACAGUAUAGAAAAGCCGAAGCUUUUGAAUUCGAUUUCCGUGAAGGGUAUCUUCGUUUUCCGCAUCGAGUAUGAAUUUGUUCUCCAAGAAACCCACGGCCAAAGAGGUGCUUCGAGACAGUAGAAGAGAAAUGACCAAUGCCACUAGAGGACUAGAGAAGGAAAUUUCUGCUUUGCAGUUGGAGGAGAAGAAGCUUGUUGCUGAGAUCAAGAGAACAGCUAAAACUGGAAAUGAGGCAGCGACUAAGAUCCUAGCACACCAGCUAAUCAGGCUAAGACAACAAAUUGCUAGCCUGCAAGGUAGUCGAGCUCAGGUGAGAGGCAUAUCGAUUCACACACAGGCAAUGCAUGCCCAAACUUCAGUUGCUGCAGGCAUGAAAGGUGCCGCUAAAGCCAUGACAGCCAUGAAUAAGCAAAUGGCUCCAGCAAAACAGGCAAAAGUGAUUCAAGAUUUCCAGAAACAAUCAGCUCACAUGGACAUGAUUACUGAAAUGAUGUCAGAUGCCAUAGAUGAUGCUUUGGACAAUGAUGAAGCUGAAGACGAGACAGAGGAGUUGACAAAUCAGGUUCUUGAUGAAAUUGGUGUUGAUAUUGCUUCACAGUUAUCAACAGCUCCUAAAGGGAAAAUUGCCGGGAAGAAGACCGAGGAGAGCAGUGGCUCGUCGGGAAUAGAUGAACUGGAGAAGAGAUUGGCUGCCCUUAAAAAUCCGUAGGUCAUCCAAUGCGUUCUGUUUUUAGCAUCAUUUUGCUACAAGUCUAUGUACAUUCCCCUCCUGCCGCCCCAAAACUUUCACUGUGUGUGAUACAUGCGUCAUACAACGGAUGACAUCAAGAUUGACACCGCUACUCUUUCGCAGACAAUGAUUUCUCAUCGUCAUUAUCUUGUCUCUGGUGGUGUUAACCUCAGUGUCAUUCCUAGUGUUAAAGUAGCAUUUUCCUUAAUAUACGGAGUAUAGGAAUAAGACUUGUCAUUUGGGUCUUUGAAAUUAGGAUUCUUGAUUUUUUUUUAAAGAUUUUAUGCUGCAAUAAGAAUAAUAUGGUUCUAUGGAG